AUGGUGUCUGGUCUCACCGCCCUCAUUGCUCGUUUGCGCCAGCGUCCUCUCGCUCGCACUCCAGCCGCCGCCACUCCACUACCUCCGCCGCCGCGUUCGUCUUCUCGCUAUCCCAUUACCUAUCCGGCGUACCAUUCCACUUUAACGCGUCCAUACUCCGCCCCCACUAUGUUCAAAAAGGCCGUGGAUACACACCACGCGUCCAACAAACCUUCAAAGCCCACGCUCUCUCAACAGUUGUUCCCCGGCGCAGCACCCGCAGCACCACAGCAAAGUGCAAAGCUGUCUCAGGCCGCAAUCAAACCAAACACCUCUCGGCCACUCGCAACAGCAGCUGGCAACACUCACAGGACAGGCGCGGCAGUGAACUCAGGUGGAAACUUCCGUUCGGUACACAAUGGUGCAGGAGGCCUGAAGCGGACAUCGAGUGGCUUGAUGAAGGCAUUGGAUUCGCAAAAUGCAUUCGGCGAGGAGGAUUUGCCCAAGACUGGAUCGCAGCAAAACCCCUAUAUCAUAGAAGAAACAACACCGGCGAAGAAGCCGAACGCACCCGCCAUGAACAAGAUGCCAGUUUACUUUGACGAGAACGACUUCGACGAUGACAUCGACCUCGAUGUCGAAGACCCCUCCACCAAGAGCACCCUCACACAUCCUCCUGCGCCGCCAAAGACCACAGCUCCGCCUAAGCCGGAGCCUUUACCGAAACCUCAACCACUGCCUCACACGAAUGACUACAAGUCGCGAAAACAAGAGCUCGGUCGGUCUGAGCGUGCUGACUCUGGCUACUUUUCCCAGACGACCCGAGCUGAGUCUUUCACAGAAGUUGAGCCUGCGCCGGACGCGACCCAGCAGAUCCCGUGGUCCUCGUCUCCGAUAGAACACGUUCAAGCGGCACCACAGGCCAACGCACUGAAGAGAUUCAUUUACUCUGCUCCUGAUGCACCGGAAGAUAGGCCUAAGCCGCCGAAGCGACGAACACUGCCUUGGGUUGAGGAAGAGAAAAGGCGUGAGGAGGCGGCGGCAGCAGCAGCAGCAAAGUAUGAGAGCUCAAAAGUCCAGUCGAAAGAUAGCAAGAUGCUAUGGAACACUUCGUCGACUGCAAUUAAGCAGAUGCAGAAGAAUCACCGCGAGCGCGAUGUAAACAAAAAAUUGACGAAGACGUCUGCAACCGGUGUAAGCGGAUUGAUCGAGGAUUCCUUGCGCAGCAAGAAGGGCAAGCUUUCGAGGGUCUUUCUCAGCGAGGAGCAGGAGCAUGUCUUGAAGCUUGUUGUCAACGAGGGCAGGAGUGUUUUCUUCACUGGUUCCGCAGGUACGGGUAAAUCCGUUCUCCUUCGAGAGAUCAUCGCAGCGCUCAAGAAGAAAUAUAUUCGGGAGUCGGAGCGUGUCGCUGUCACCGCUUCUACCGGCCUGGCAGCCUGCAACAUCGGCGGCGUGACGCUGCAUAGCUUUUCCGGAAUUGGCCUCGGUAACGCGCCGGUUGAGGAACUUGUCAAGAAGAUCAAGCGCAAUCAGAAGCACAAGCACCGGUGGAUGAGAGUCAAAGUCUUGGUCAUUGAUGAGGUUUCCAUGAUUGAUGGCGAUCUCUUCGACAAGCUGGAGGCCAUUGCGCGGAGUCUUCGGAAUAACGGCCGUCCAUUCGGAGGUAUUCAGCUGGUCAUCACUGGAGACUUCUUCCAGCUGCCGCCUGUGCCGGAGAAGAACAAGGUCGCGAAGUUUGCGUUUGAUGCCAAUACGUGGAACACGGUUAUUGAGCACACGAUCGGUUUGACGCACAUUUUCCGUCAGAAGGACCCAGUUUUUGCUGGCAUGCUCAACGAGAUGAGAGAGGGUCGUCUUUCCCAAAAUUCAAUCGACGCAUUCAAGAAGCUGAACAGGCCCCUUGACUCGGAUAGCGGAUUAGACGCAACCGAGCUCUUUCCGCUUCGCCAACAGGUUGAGGAAGCAAACCGAAGACGUAUGGCAGUUCUUCAUGGAGAUGUUCGCACUUAUGAAGCCAAGGACGGCGGCACUAUCCAGGACAAAGUUCAACGCGACAGGAUUCUGGCCAACUGCAUGGCUCCAGAAAAAAUUCAGUUGAAGAAGGGCGCCCAAGUGAUGCUCAUCAAGAACAUGGACGAGACGCUCGUGAAUGGCUCACUCGGCCGCGUCAUCGGCUUCAUGAACGAGGCCAUGUUCGACAGCUACCAGCAAAACGAAGCGCAGUACCUCGGCGUCUCGGAAGCCAACAACCCAGACGACCCGGAGGAGCGCAUGCUCCUCGAGCAGCGGCGGCGCGCAAAGAUCACCGAUCUCCUCAACGCCGGCUCGCAGCUGUACCCGGUCGUCCGCUUCACGCUGCCUGAUGGAACGCUGCGCGAUCUACUCUGCCAGCGCGAGUCGUGGAAGAACGAGCUGCCGAACGGCGAGGUGGUGGCCAGCCGGUCGCAGGUGCCGCUGAUCUUGGCGUGGGCGCUGAGCAUCCACAAGGCGCAGGGGCAGACGCUGGAACGCGUCAAGGUCGACCUGGGCCGCGUGUUCGAGAAGGGCCAGGCGUACGUCGCGCUGUCGCGUGCAACGAGCAUGGGCGGUUUGCAGGUGAUGAAUUUCGACCCACGCAAGGUGAACGCACACGAGAGGGUGCGGUCGUUUUACACGAGUUUGAGCAACGUACAGGCCGUGGCGGACGCGAAGAAGAAGAAGGCGAGUAGCAAAGCGGGCAUGACGGCGGAAGAGUAUGAGAGGAGCGUCGUGGAAGAUGGCUGGGCAGACGAAGGAGGUGAGUGUGCGUAUGGCGGCUUGUAA